GCUGAGGCUAGGGAGAUGGGCAUGAGAGGGAGGACCGGUGCCCUCCAAGCCCCAGCGUGUGUCUGGUCUGCCGUGCGGGGAACUAGCUGCCAGGAGUCCAGCCUGCUCUUGCCUAACUCUGCCGCUCGGUGUGCUGCUUGCAGGCUGAAAAGAAGGAAGAUGGCAGACAAGGUCCUACCUCAGAGGAUCCGGGAGCUGGUUCCAGAGUCUCAGGCCUACAUGGACCUUCUUGCCUUUGAGCGCAAGCUGGAUCAGACCAUUGCCAGGAAGCGAAUGGAAAUCCAGGAGGCCAUCAAGAAACCCCUUACGCAAAAGCGGAAGCUGCGGAUUUACAUCUCCAACACCUUCACCCCGGGCAAGGAGGAGGGGGACGGCAGUGAGCACGUGGCCUCAUGGGAGCUGCGCGUGGAAGGCAAGCUGCUGGAGGAUCCAAGUAAGCAGAAGAGGAAGUUCUCCUCCUUUUUCAAGAGCCUUGUCAUCGAGCUGGACAAGGAGCUGUAUGGGCCGGACAACCACCUGGUGGAGUGGCACAGGAUGCCCACAACCCAGGAGACCGACGGCUUCCAGGUCAAGCGCCCUGGCGAUGUCAAUGUGAAAUGCACCCUGCUGCUCAUGCUGGAUCACCAGCCCCCGCAGUACAAACUGGACCCUCGCCUGGCUCGCCUGCUGGGCGUGCACACCCAGACCCGGGCCAGCAUCAUGCAGGCGCUGUGGCUCUACAUCAAACACAACAAGCUGCAGGACAGUCACGAGAAGGAGUACAUCAACUGCAACCGCUACUUCCGCCAGAUCUUCAGCUGCAUUCGCAUGCGGUUCUCAGAGAUCCCCAUGAAGCUGGCCGGGCUGCUGCAGCACCCAGAUCCCAUCAUCAUCAACCACAUGAUCAGCGUGGAUCCCAGUGACCAGAAGAAGACAGCCUGCUACGACAUCGAUGUCGAGGUGGACGACCCCCUGAAAGCUCAGAUGAGCAACUUCCUGGCCUCCACCACCAACCAGCAGGAAAUCGCCUCUCUGGAUGCUAAGAUCCAUGAGACCAUUGAGUCCAUCAACCAGCUGAAGACGCAGCGAGAUUUCAUGCUGAGCUUCAGCAGCAACCCGCAGGACUUCAUUCAGGAGUGGAUCAAAUCCCAGAGGAGGGACCUCAAGAUCAUAACGGACGUGACUGGGAACCCCGAGGAGGAGAGAAGAGCUGACUUCUACCAGCAGCCUUGGGCGCAGGAGGCGGUGGGGAGGCACAUCUUUGCCAAGGUUCAGCAUCGCAGACAGGAACUGGAACAAGUGCUUGGGAUCCGCCUCACCUAAUGGGCUGGGCCCGGCUGCGGGGCUUUGCUCUCUUGUGCCUGAGCCUUAUGGUCCAUCGUACUGGAAUCAAAUACAGCACUUGCACCAAGCCUGGGGGCAGGAAGCUGCAGCCA